AUGCCCACCACAAAAGCUUUAAAUCUACGAAAGUUUAUGGAUAAGCUAGAGGUUCCCCACGAAAAUCAUGAAGAACCCACUCUUCUUACCAAUCCCGACCUAGAACCAAUGCCUUCCCAUAGAAGAGGCUGGGGGUUCUUUUCGUUUUUUGGCUAUUGGGCUACUCCUAAUCUUACCAUUUGGACUUGGCUGACUGGAUCGUCGCUUCUAGCGUUAGGGUUGAAUACCGGACACGUUAUGGGUGCUUUAACCCUUGGUAACGUUAUCAUUUGUAUAUAUACUUGCUUAAAUUCCAACCCAGGAGCGAAAUACCAUGUUGGCUAUACGGUUUGUCAAAGAAUGAUUUUUGGAAUUUAUGGAUCAGGGAUUGGCAUAAUAAUCCGAGUUGUUUUAUCGAUUGUUUUCUAUGGAUCACAAUCUUGGUUAGGUGGUCUUCUGCUUGUUGUAAUGUUUUCAUCUUUCAGUAAGGGUUUCAUGGAUAUGGAAAACACUUUUUCAGAUUCAGCUGAUAUGACCAAACGUGACUUUAUUGGGUUUUUAGUCUUUCAUAUCAUUGAAAUCUUAUUUCUCUAUAUGAGACCAGAGAAAAUCAAUAAAUGGCUAAAUGGUUCCUGUAUUAUAACGACCAUUGCCUUUGUUGCAGUUCUUAUCACUUGCCUUGUUAAAAAUAAAGGUCCUGGUGAUAUAUAUUAUGAGAAAGUUAACUUAGGUAAAUGGGAAAUUGGUUGGAUGUGGCUAAAAGCAAUUACUAUAUGGUAUGGUGCGCUUUCUCCGGACGUUACCAAUCAAAGCGAUUAUUCAAGAUUUGCUUCUUCUCCUAGAAAAAUGUAUCUUGGGAUCAUUAUCGCCGUAAUGAUUACUGGGACUUUUGUGCCUUUAUUCAGUUUGAUUUGUGCUUCUGCCACAUCUCAUUUUUAUAAUACUCAAUUUUGGUUGCCAACCGACAUUGUCUUGCAAUGGCUACGAGAUGAUUAUAGUCCUGGUACAAGGGCAGGUGCCUUCUUUCUUGCUUUUGCCUUUGCUUCCUCUCAACUUACGUUCAACGUGAGUGCAAAUGGUUUUGCUGGUGGGAUGGAUCUUUCUGGGGUUUGUCCAAAAUACAUUAAUAUUAGAAGGGGUGCUAUAAUUACAGCUUUACUUUCGUGGUUGGUUCAACCUUGGAAGUUUUAUAAUACAUCUUCUGUUUUUAUGAGUGUUAUGAGUUCAUUUGGUGUUGUUGUCACUCCUAUAAUUGCAAUCUUAAUUGCCGAUUUCAUGGUAAUCCGUAAAGCUCAAUUACCACUUUUAGACUUGUAUUCAACUUCUCCAGAUGGAACAUUCUACUUCACCAAAGGCUUCAAUUUGAAGGGUAUAUCAGUUUGGGCUAUAAGUGUUGCAUUAGGAAUACCGGGCUUGAUUGCCGAUUUACAAAAUGAUCACCAAAUUCCUCAAGAAUUAGUCAAUUUUUUUUCGGGAAACGUAAUUUUUGCUUUUAUCUUACCCUUUUGCCUCUAUACUCUAGUCUGCAAAAUCAUUCCAGUCAAGAAUGCUGGAAUCGGAGAUAAAGAAGAUUACUUUGGGGCAUUCACUUUGGAAGAGUGUGACAAACUCAAUAUCGAACCUCAUUAUCGUUCCUCUUUAGUUGUGUUUGAUGACGGAUUGCUGGCGGUCCCUUCUGAAAACAAAAUUAAUAAGUAUCCUAACUAG